AUGGCUCCUUUAAUACCGUCUGCUAAAUCGACCUUGUCCUAUCCUUUAUAUGCUUGUGAUUUCGAUCCUAUAGAUUCGUCCAGAUUGGUGGUUGGUGGGGGCGGAGGAGCUGGGAGGACGGGUGUGGGAAAUAAGAUUACCCUUUUGGACACUUCAAACCCAAAUGAGCUUGUUGAAGCGGCGGAGAUAGAUCUCAGCAAGGAAGAGGAUAAUGUCACCAGUCUUGCAGUCGGUCAGCCUCAAGGAAAGACAAGCUUGAUCUAUGCAGGAGUGAACUCCAGUCCGGAGGAAUUUGGCAAGGGAAAUAAUGCGCAUUUUCGAGUUAUUGGAAUAGAGCCAGUUGCCAAAGGGAAGGGAAAGAAUACACAGCCUGUUGCGACAACGAGCAAAUUAUCCGAGAUUUCGAGAAUUUCAUUAUUUACUCAUGUGGAAAGGGAUUUAUACCAAAGAGUCAUCCGGCUUUCACGGUCCUAUCCAGGACAAUCACAAUGGGGUGCAGUUGCGACUGGACUUGCGAAGGAUUCCGAAGUCGUACUUUUUAAAACGGCGCGAACGGGUCCACCUAAAUCUAAGGGUGCCAUAAAAUUGGCGAAGGAGGCUGUUGAUAUGGAUUUCAUACAAACUGGAAAAGACGAUUAUCUUUUUGCAUAUGCCGAUGAAUAUGAUAUCUAUGUGAAGAAGCUUGGCUCAAUGGAUGAUGGGGCGGAAUCUGAGUGUGUAUAUAUUACACCAGCCUCAAGAGGCAAGGAGAAAGUUACAUUACCAUCUUUCAGGUCGAUAAGGUGGCUGACGAAGGACUUUAUUGUCAUGCUCACGAAUAUACACAGCCAAGGAGGAGUGGUACUACAGAUUCUCAGACUACCUCCAAGCGGCAAAGGACAAUGCAGAAUUGCGCAAUCACAUCGACUUCCAUCCAGUAUAACGAAAGCUACUGGACUUGCAGUCUCCAAUCUUACACCACCGGUGACUCCUGAUGAAGAACAAGGCUACACUCAAUUUGUCAUUGCGGUCGCCGGUCACGAUAUCUCCAUUUCUCUCUUCAAAGUUGAUCUCCAGCAUGAAUUAAAUAACUACUUAGUCACACCUAUCAAACCCUUCCGAACGUUCAAGAAUGUUCACCCUCUUCAAAUCACAGGCAUUACAUUCUCAAAUUUUACACCACCUACGGGACCCGUCACUGCAAGUACUCCUCCUCAAUACCUCAAGUUAGCUAGUGUAGGCGUCAGCAACACAGUCAUCGUCCACACUCUCCCUCUAUUCCCUGUCCCUCUUUCCGUAAAAAGAGGUCAAUCACACACACCUCGUUACGUCGUUGCUCUUCCUUCAAGUAAAGCAAUUUACUCGUUUGGAAUCAUCCUUUCUAUGCUCGUAGCAGUAUUUGCAGCAAUCAUGAUGCAAAGCAUCUUAGAGAUCAGAGGAGUAGUAGAACCACAUUUAGGAGCAGCAAAUUACCUACCUAUACCAUUACAAGAAGCAAUCGGAAAGCCAUACAUAUUCCCCUCCCAUUACAACGCACUCGGUACACAAGCCUCUACCUCCUCCAUCCCCCCCAGUUCAUCAGACACCUCCCCCUCCCCCUCUUCCCCAGACUUCUUCGCCUCCCUCCGAUCCCCCGUCCCCAACUCCCCCCCAUCUCGAAUCUACCUACACCACGGGCCCCCCAUCCCAGAUAUCCCCGCCGCCGUCGAAAAUCAAGAAAAAAAAAUCACUUCCCCCGAUACCUCUCCAUUAAUCCACGCCGUUCUCCACGACGCGGAUAAACAUACCGGGAAAUCAUGGGAUGAAUUAACGGCGCCGCAAAAAGAAUCUUGGAAGAGGAAAUUGAAGGAUGCGGGGCACUGGGUUGAGGGGAUGGGAGAGGCGAUUUUUAAGGGCGUGGUUUUUGGGGAGUUGAGGGAUUUGGUUGGCGCGGCGGUUGUGCAGGCUGCUGCUGUGUAG